UGGCGGAACGUGGAGCUCUCCUUUCCUCGUGCCGUCAGCCGACCCCAUCGUGUCGCGUCAAAAUGGCACUUUAUAAUUUCAAGAAGAUUAUGGUGGUUCCCACCGCAAAGGAAUUCAUCGACAUCACUUUAUCCAAAACUCAAAGGAAGACGCCCACAGUGGUACACAAGCAUUAUGCCAUCCACAGAAUCCGACACUUCUACAUGCGAAAGGUCAAGUUCACUCAGCAGAACUACCACGACCGCCUCACUCAGAUCCUCACCGACUUCCCCAAGCUGGACGACAUCCAUCCCUUCUACGCUGACCUGAUGAACGUGUUGUACGACAAAGACCAUUACAAGUUGGCCUUGGGGCAGAUAAACAUCGCCAAGAAUCUGAUCGAUAAUGUUGCCAAAGAUUACGUGCGUCUGAUGAAGUACGGAGAUUCUCUGUAUCGGUGUAAACAGCUGAAGAGAGCCGCUCUGGGUCGAAUGUGCACCAUCCUGAAGCGACAGAAGUCCAGUCUGGAGUAUCUGGAACAAGUGCGUCAGCAUCUGUCCCGUUUGCCGAGCAUCGACCCCAACACGAGGACCCUGCUCCUGUGCGGGUACCCCAACGUGGGAAAGUCCAGCUUCAUCAACAAGGUGACCAGAGCCGAUGUGGAUGUGCAGCCCUACGCUUUCACCACCAAGUCUCUGUUUGUGGGUCACAUGGACUACAGAUACCUGCGCUGGCAGGUGGUGGACACCCCGGGGAUCCUGGACCACCCCCUGGAGGACAGGAACACCAUCGAGAUGCAGGCCAUCACGGCCCUGGCUCACCUGCGAGCGGCCGUCCUCUAUGUCAUGGACGUGUCGGAGCAGUGCGGUCACACCCUGCAGCAGCAGCUGGAGCUCUUCAACAGCAUCCGCCCGCUGUUCGCUAACAAGCCGCUCAUCGUCGUUGCCAAUAAAUGUGACGUGAAGAAGAUCAACGAGCUGUCUGAGGAGAACCAGAAAAUCUUUGCCGAUCUCUCCACCGAGGGAAUCCCUGUGAUCGAGACCAGCACCCUGACCGAGGAGGGAGUCAUGCAAGUGAAGACUGAGGCCUGCGACCGACUCCUCGCCAACCGUGUCGAGACAAAGAUGAAGGGGAAGAAGGUCCACGAUGUUCUCAACCGGCUCCACCUGGCCAUGCCUGCCAAGAGAGAUGAGAAGGAGAGGCCUCCGUUCAUCCCUGAGGGAGCGCUGAUGCGCAAGAGGGCGAUGGAGGUGGACGCACCCAAACGGAAACUGGAGAAAGAUCUGGAGAUGGAGCUCGGCGACGACUACAUCCUGGACCUUCAGAAAUAUUGGGAUCUGAUGAACGAGGAGGAGAAACAGGACAGGGUCCCCGAGGUGUGGGAGGGCCACAACAUCGCCGAUUACAUCGAUCCUGACAUCAUGAAGAAACUGGAGGACCUCGAGAAGGAGGAGGAGCUUAAGGAGCGAGCCGGGGAGUACGACUCGGACGACGACAGCGAGGACGAGGAGAUGCAGGAGAUCCGCGUUCUGGCCAAACAGAUCCGGGAGAAGAAGCAGCUCCUGGUCAUGGGCUCAAGAGAGAAGGACAUACACGGGCCUCGCAUGCCCAGGACCGCCACCAAGGUCGAAAGAAAGAAGCUGGAGAAGGAGAUGGGCGAUCUCGGUCUGGACAUGAACGACAAAGACGAGAGCCACUACGCCCAACAAGCCCAGCGGCGGUCCCGGAGCGUCACAAAGAAGCGUAAGCGCGAAGCUUCAGCUCCUCCCCUCUCCAAAACCCGCAGCCAGAGCGCCUCCCGCCCACCACGGGACCAGUCAGGUCUAAGGGAUCCAAAGAUGGCAAGGAAGGCGAAGAAGAUGAUGAAGAACUCCCAGAGAGACAUGAACCGCCAGGGCAAGAAGGGCGAGGCCGACAGACACGUGUUCGACCUGAAACCCAAACACCUCCUGGCCGGGAAGAGGAAGUCGGGCACCACAGACUACAGAUAAAAAAAGCUGCUUUGUCCGGAGGGAUGAGAAGAGGACACUCUCAUAAAAGAGAGGAGUCUUACAGAGAUGCUAUACCUGACUUUUAUUAUUUACAUUUCUCCACCGGUAAAAGGGAAGAAUGACAUAUCUCUCCUUUUAAACCAGUCCACUCUGCUCGUCAUCAUUUGUCUGCAUAGAAAGGAUGAAGCUGUGGGGAAAUUGCCCAAACUUAUUAAAAUGAGUUUAUUAAUAUGUCUGUGUCCGGUCUCCAGACUCAGAAACUCGAUGUGUGAUGGAAAGUCAUGUAUAAACUGCCAUGUAUCUGAUUUCACAAGUUUUUUCAUCUUGGUGAUAUCAGUUUAGUAAACGUUUGUGUCUCUAUCUGAGGCUCAGGACAUGCUGGGUUUACUUUGGAUAAAGUGAUGAUUAUGAUACUUCCUUUAACGUCUCCCUUUGAGAAAAAAAAAAUCUUUCACCAGGGAGAGAAAUAAAUAUACACCUGAACUAA